UCAGAAAAAAAAAAAAAAUCAGUUAACAGUCUUGAACUCGUCAGUCGUCACAGGCUCACAGCUCUUAUCUUCAAAUCUUCAGCAUUUGGAUCGAUUUGGAAACCUCUCUCUUCCUCGAUUCUCGUUCCUCUUAAAAAAAAAUUAUCCAAUUCGCAAAAUUAUUUUUACUGCACACAAUUUUUUCCAGCUCGGCAAGCUACCCGAAAAGUGAAGAAAUCUAUACCCUAGUUUUAGUCUGAAACCCUAAUUUUCCAAUCCGAGAGUAGGAAUUAAUACCCAGCGAGCUAAAAGAAUUCUGGGUUCUUUUGCAUUUGUUCCAGUUCUAAGCUGUGAAUCGGAUAUCCUUGGCUCAGCUCUGCGGCUGGUAUUCGAAAUUUAGGAUUUUGGCUUAUUUAGUUGGUUUUGGGAUACUGAUCUGAGUGUGAGAAUUAUGAUUUGUUCGUUUCGGUUAAAUAAUUUUGGGUUGCUGAAGUAUUGGCGGAGGUUUGGUUUUUAGCUAUAUAAUCUGUUUGGUGAAUUAUUAGGUUAUAAGUAACUGGAUAUUUUGAACUGCGGAAAUGAUGUCCGUGGAGAGAUCAUUCGAUGCAUGGGAAGAGGUUCAAAGGCAUGGUCAGGAUUUAGCUGAUAGGUUAGCUCAGGGUUUUACUGGCUUGAUACAGUCUCAUAUCACUCCGCCGUCAUUUCCAUGGCCAAAUUCGCAGCCGCCUAAGCUUUUUGAUAUGGAGUUUGCAGCUCAGAAUUUUGUGAAAAGGGAUUUUGGACUUGCUGUGGACAAUUCAGCCAUUAAUGGGGUUUCUGCGAUUUUCGAUAUUGGGAAUAGGAUAGGUCAGGCUGGGGUGGAUUUUGGUGCUUGUGUUAACGGCAUGGUUCAACAGUUUUUCAGGAGGUUGCCAGUCCCAUUUCGGCAUGAAGAGAAUGUGGUGGUGUCAUUGCAGACAGAGGCUAAUAGCCAGAGGAAUGAUAUGGGUAUUAGUUUACAAGAAGAUUUGGCAUCAGUGGCCAAACGGUUUAGGGACUACGGGUUCACGGAAACUAAACUGGUUGCUGAGGGGUCUACAGAUGAAGAAAAUGCUGGUCUUAAUGUGAAGGCAUCAAAACUCUUUGGUAGAUCACAGGGUACCAUUAAUGUUACGUCGACAUAUGAAAGUAGGACACGAAGUGUAGAAAGCUCUUUGGUGGCGAGGGGGGACUUGUGGAGAGUUGAGGCAUCACAAAGUAGUUCUACAUCUCGGAACGAUAAUUCGCUGUUCCUCGUCCAGCUCGGUCCAGUUCUUUUUGUUCGUGAUUCAACACUUCUUUUGCCAGUUCACUUGUCAAAGCAACACUUGCUUUGGUAUGGCUAUGACAGGAAGAAUGGAAUGCAUUCACUAUGUCCAGCGAUGUGGUCUAAGCAUAGGAGGUGGCUCUUGAUGUCAAUGAUAUGUCUCAAUCCUUUGGCCUGUUCAUUCAUGGACUUACAGUUUCCGAAUGGCCAAAUAACCUAUAUAUCUGGCGAGGGCAUAUCUACCAGUGCUUUUCUGCCUCUUUGUGGAGGUCUUCUUCAAGCUCAGGGUCAAUAUCCAGGAGAGAUGAGGUUCAGUUUCUCUUGUAAGAAUAAGCUGGGGACAUGCAUUACACCUAUGGUGCAGUGGCCUGAUAAGUCAUUCUCCCUGGGCCUGGCACAGUCUUUAGCUUGGAAGAGAUCUGGGCUCAUGGUCAGACCAACCAUCCAGUUCAGUUUGUGCCCUACAUUUGGUGGAAGCAAUCCUGGAUUGCGAGCGGAAUUUACACAUAGUCUGAAGGAGGAACUAAGCCUCAUCUGUGGCUGCGCACUUGUUGAUCGUCCUUCUGCAUUUGCAUCAGUUUCUCUUGGCAGGUCCAAGUGGAAUGGAAACGUUGGCAGCUCAGGGAUAGUUGUCAAAGUUGAAACUCCUUUGGGUGAUGUUUGCAGGCCGACCUUCUCUGUUCAGUUGAAUAGUGGAAUCGAGUUGUAAAGUUUCUGAUAGGUUUAUCGAAGUUUUGUACAGACUCCGGAUUGUCCUUUCUUCUAGAAGCACAGCCUCAUCACAAUGCCCUAACCCCCCCCGCCCCCUCUCUCUCCUUGACCCCUCUUUAAAAGAGCCAAAGAAGAAAAAGAAAAAAAAAGAAUUAGGAGGAGGAAAUACAGGAAUAAAUAUUUGUGUAGAAAAUUGUAUAUAUCUCAUUGUGCAUGAUUGUCCUUUGGAAUGCCAAGAUUGACCUUCAUCCUAAUGUGUUUAUUACUUUGUA